AUGCGAAGAACAGUAGAUCAGUGUCCUGCCAACAUUGUCUUAGCACCAUCAGAGUGCCCCUUGACUGACCUCGAGUACGCCGACGAUGUUGUUAUAUUCGCGGAAAGCAGUACGAAACUUCAACAUGUUGUCAACCUUGUAUCGAAGCUGGCUGCAGCCUAUGGACUACGUCUACGCCCUGAUAAAUGCAAGCAGAUGUGGAUCUCUUCGAGACCUCAAACGGGAAUCAGGGUGGACGGACAACCGAUAGAACUCGUCGAUGAGUUCUGUUACCUGGGCUGUACGCUGAAGAACAAUGGCAGCUACGAGAGAGAUGUUCAGCAAAGAUGCGCUAAGGCCACUUCUGCAUUUAACUCCUUAAUGAAAUGCCUGUGGUCGACCCAUCACCAACGAAGUCAAGCUGCGAGUAUACCUAUCCGCAAUUCGCCCCAUCAUGAUGUACGGAUCGGAGACUUGGGCAGCACCAUCAACGGUUAUGGAGAGGCUUGA